AUGGGUAGAGGACCGAAGAAGCACCAGAAGCGUCUCUCCGCGCCGAGCCACUGGCUCUUGGACAAACUCAGCGGCAACUAUGCCCCGAGACCGUCCGCUGGUCCUCACAAGCUGCGCGACUGCAUGCCGCUCAUCGUCUUCAUCCGCAACCGUCUCAAGUACGCCCUGAACUACCGUGAGACCAAGGCGAUCCUGAUGCAGCGUCUCGUCAAGGUCGACGGCAAGGUCCGCACUGAUUCCACCUACCCGGCUGGCUUCAUGGACGUCAUCACCCUCGAGAAGACUGGCGAGAACUUCCGCCUCGUCUACGACACCAAGGGACGCUUCACCGUCCACCGUAUCCAGAACGAGGAGGCCGAGUACAAGCUGGGCAAGGUCAAGCGCGUCCAGCUGGGCCGCGGCGGCAUCCCAUUCUUGGUUACGCAUGAUGCGAGAACCAUCCGCUACCCUGACCCUCUAGUCAAGGUCAACGACACUGUCAAGAUCGACCUCGCCACCGGCAAGAUCUCCGACUUCAUCAAGUUCGAGGUCGGCAACCUGGCCAUGGUCACCGGCGGUCGCAACAUGGGUCGUGUCGGUGUCAUCACCCACCGUGAGCGCCACGACGGAGGUUUCAACAUUGUGCACCUCAAGGACGCCAUUGACAACUCGUUCGCCACCCGUGAGAGCAACGUCUUCGUCAUCGGCACCGAGAAGCCCUGGAUCUCCCUGCCCAAGGGCAAGGGUGUCAAGCUGACCAUCGCCGAGGAGCGUGACCGCAGACGCGCCCACACCCUGGCUGGCCACUAA